AUGUUAAACAAAUUAAAAAAUAAAAUAAGAAACAAAUUGUCUUAUGCUCUGUUGGAUGAGGAUGAAGAACCAGAAUAUAAUAAGCCAUGUCCAUAUGUAAACUCAAAUCCAUUAACCAAAUUUACCUUUGGAUGGGUAACUAAAUUACUAAUCAGAGGAUAUUUUAAAGAACCAUUAGAAAUGACUGAUAUUUUUGAUAUACCAAAUUAUUUAAAAUCAAACUAUACCUCAAAAUAUUUAAAUAAUUUAAAUUUAAACAGUUUAAAUAGCUCAAGUAAGGGUUUUUCAAAAUAUCCUUUAAUUAAAUAUAUUUAUAAGGAAUAUAUAGUUGGGAAAAACAAAAUUUUAAUUUUCCUUCAAAUCUUUUUAACUUUUUUAUCAAUUCUAUCACCAUUAUGUUUAAAACUUUUUAUAUCGCAUAUAACAAGUACUAGCCAAGAUAAAUCAAUUAUUAUAGGAAUCAUAUAUUGUUGCUUACUAUUUUUAAGCUCUUUUUCAUUUGGUGUUACCCAAGAGAUCUUUUAUUGGUAUGGUAUGAAAUGUAGUUUAGAGGUACAUGGCUCUUUAACAUCAGCAGUAUUCAAAAAAGCUUUAAAGCUUUCAAACUCUUCAAAAAAAAAAUUUAAUAGCGGUGCCAUUACAAAUCUUAUGUCUGUUGAUGUCGAAGUAUUCAAAACCUUUUUCUGGACCCAUUGUAUUGAAUUGUUUUCACAUCCCAUUCAAAUUAUAGUUUUAUUGAUAUUUCUAUGCUUGGUUGUUGGGUGGAGUGGCUUGGUCGGUUUUAUAAUAAUGUUACUAGCAAUGCCUGUUAACUCUUACUUUUGUAAUAAAAGUAGUGGCUACUUGGAUAAAUCUCUAAAAUAUACUGAUAAAAGGUCAAAUUUAACGAACGAACUAAUCAAUGGAAUAAGAUUUAUCAAGAUGUAUGCAUGGGAAAAAUACUUUACCAAAAAGAUUGAAAGCCAUAGGGAAGAAGAAUUAAAGUUAAUGUUCAAAAGAAUUUUAUUCUGGAUCGGUGAUAAUAUUAUGAUUCAAACAACCUCUGCUUUAGUAUUGGUUUCAACAUUUGCAACAUAUUCACUUUUGGGUCAUAAAAUUACAGUAGAAACUGCUUUUACAUCAAUGAACAUUUUUGUAAACCUUAGAACUCCAUUAAUUAUGUUUCCAUAUGAUAUUUAUGUGAUAUUAUCAUUAUUGCCAUCAUGUAGAAGAAUUCAAAGAUUCCUAAAAUGCUCAGAAAUUUCAAACUAUAUUAUUUCUGAUACAGAUAUUAGUAUUAAAAACUCAACAUUUCAAUGGGGCGAAGAUAAUAUAGAUCAAGAUGAUGAAGAGGAUGAAGAUGAUAUCGAAGAUGAUUCAAAUACUAAUGGUGAAGAUGACUCAAGCAAACUAAUACCCAAAAAAGAAACACCAAUUGAUAUUAUAAUUGAAGGCAAGGAAAAUACUGAUGAAUCCAAAUAUGUUUUAAAUAACAUUAGUUUUAGUGCCCCACGAGGUAAACUAACCAUUAUUUGCUCACCUGUUGGUACUGGUAAAACAAGUUUUAUAAAUGCUCUUCUUGGUGAAAUUAAUAAGGUCGAGGGUCAAGUAAAUGCACCUGAUAAUGUAUCGUAUACUGGUCAAGUUCCAUUUUUAUUAAGUGCAUCUCUGCGUGAAAAUAUAUUGUUUGGUAAAGCAAUGGACAUGGAUUAUUACAAAAAAGUUAUCGAGGCUUGUUGCUUAACAAAAGAUUUAUUACAAAUGGCUGCAUUAGAUUUAACAGAAAUUGGUGAACGUGGUAUUAAUUUAAGCGGUGGUCAAAAACAACGUAUAUCUUUAGCUCGUGCAUUAUACUCAAAUAGCGACUGCUUUAUUAUGGACGAACCAUUAUCUGCUGUUGAUCCAGAAGUAGGUUCUUAUCUGUUCAAUAAUUGUAUUCAAGGUAUGAUGGCAAAUAAAACUCGUAUAUUAGUUACCCAUCAAAUUCAAUUUAUACCAAAUGCUGACCACAUUAUUUUAAUUGAAAAUGGAACAUUGGUUCAAGGCACAUACAAAGAAUUAAAGGCAAAGGGUAUUGAUUUCGAGUCUAUUAUGAAAACCAAAAAAUUAGAAACCGAAGGUAUUGAUGAAUUGGGUAAAAAAGAAAAUGAACAUAGCAAUGGCGAAUCAACUGGAGAUUUAAUUAAUCAAGUUAUAAAUGAUAAACAUGACCCGGAUUUAAUAGAAAGAGCCAAACUUUUAGUUGAGGAAGAUAGAAACAAAGGUCACGUAUCGUUUGAUGCCUAUAAAGCAUACUUUAGAUAUGGCGCAUCAAAUCCAUUUAUAAUUUUUACUUUUAUUUUGUUUUUAACCAGUCAAGUUAUAUCACAACUAUCGGACUUUUGGUUAACAUUAUGGACAGAGCAAUCAAUCAAUGGUAAAGGUCAAGGUUUUUACAUUACAUACUACUGUAUAAUUAUAUUGGCGUUUGUACUGUUUGUUUUAAUCCGUUACUUUAUGCUGGCAACAAUUACAUUUUCAUGUGCAAAGAAUCUACACCAUAAAUUAUUAGACUCGAUCUCUUCAGCAUCAUGUUUAUUUUUCGACCAAAACCCAUCUGGCCGUAUAUUAAAUAGAUUCAGUAAAGAUAUUAGUGACAUCGAUGUUCCAAUGCUAGAUAAGCUUUCAGAUGUAUUACUUUGUUACUCUGCAUUUAUAGUUGGUAUUGUAUCAAUUAUUUACAUUAACCCGAUUAUGGUCAUACCAUUUUUUAUGUUAAUGGUUCUUUACUAUUUUGUUCAAGUAUUCUACCGUCCAUCAGCCAGAGAAAUGAGUCGUAUGGAAUCAAUUACUCUCAGCCCAAUUUAUUCAUUAUUGCAAGAAUGUUAUAAUGGUUUGGUAACAAUUAGAUCAUUUAAACAACAAUCAAGAUUCAUAGAUUUAAUGUAUCAUAAUAUUGAUAUUCACAAUCGAUGUAUGUUUGCUGCCUUUGCCAUAAAUAUGUGGGUUUCAAUUAGAUUGGAAUUUCUUGCCAGUACCCUCGUUUUCUUUGCAUCGCUUUUUUCUUUGUUUAGUAAUAAUACCGAUGGCUUUGCAGUAUUGGCUGUAUCUACCGCUAUGAGUAUGACAGGUUAUUUAAAUUGGGCAAUUAAACAAUCAGUGGAAUUGGAGGUUAAAAUGAAUUCAUUCCAACGUAUUCAUAGUUAUAUUCAAACACCACCCGAAGGUAAAAAAUAUUUAGAAACUGAUUCAAAUUUAACAAAUUGGCCAUCUAAAGGCGAAAUUCAAUUCAACAAUAUUGAAAUUAGAUAUCGUCCAAAUUCAGAACCAAGUUUAAAAAACAUUUCAUUUAAUGUCAACUCUUUUGAAAAAAUUGGUAUUGUUGGUCGUACUGGUGCAGGUAAAUCAACAAUUGGUGUAAGUUUAUUUCGUAUGGUAGAGUGUCAUAAAGGUUCAAUUACAAUUGAUGGUGUUGAUAUAUCCAAAGUAGGAUUACAUAAACUCAGAAGCUCAUUGGGUGUAGUACCACAAGACCCAUGGGUAUUUACUGGAAGCAUCAGAUCCAAUAUCGAUCCAUUUAAUCAGUAUUCAGAUGAAGAAAUUUGGGGUGCUUUAGAAAAAGUUAAAUUAAGCAAAGCAAUCAGUGAGAUGCCAAAGAAACUUAAUACCAAAAUCGCUGAAAAUGGUGAAGGUUUGUCAUUUGGUCAAAAGCAACUACUAUCAUUAACACGUACAAUAUUAAAAGGCUCCAAAGUAAUUCUAAUGGACGAAGCAACCAGUGCCAUCGACUAUCAAACCGCAGCUUUAAUCAAAACUGUUCUUUCAGAAGAUGAAAACUUUAUUAACUCUAGUAUGCUAACGAUUGCCCAUCGUCUUGAUACUAUUAUCGACUCUUCCAAAAUAGCAAUCGUUGAUAAAGGUGAAUUAGUAGAAUUUGACACUCCCACAAACUUGAUCAAAAAUGAAGAUUCUAAAUUUAGAAAACUAGUUAAAUAUCAAACUGAUUUUUAUGAAGAAUCUAAAAAAAAUUUCUAA